AUGGCUUCGAACGACCACAACCGAUACGAUGACUCGGACGACGAGGAUGACUUCAACCCUGCGCCUGCCGAUCUCUCUGACGACGAACCUAGCCACAACUCUGGUCAGCGACAUGCGGGUAGCGAUGCGCGAGAGAGCAGCCCUGCUGCUGACGAUGACGACGCCGCCGCUGCCCCCAAAUCUCGACGAGUAGAUGACGAUGAGGAUGAUGAGCAGGACGAUGAGGAGGGUGGCCAAAACGACGAUGACGAAGAGGACGACGAGGAUGAAGAAGACGAGGAUGAUGUCCAGCAGGGACAUCGCCGCAAGCGUCGCAGGGAUCGUCGCGCCGUCUUCUUCGAUAUCGAGGCCGAGGUCGAGGACGAAGAAGAUGGCGAGGAUGAGGAGAAAGACGGUGAAGAGAUAGAGGACUUCAUCGACAACGCUCAUCCUGACGACAUUGCCGAAAGUGGAGGCCUCGACGAUGACCGAAGGCACCGCGAGCUGGAUCGCCGACGCGAGAUGGAGUCCAGUAUGGAUGCUGAGAAGCAAGCCGAAAUUCUUCGACAGCGCUACGGUAACCGUCGCCCCAACAAGGGCUUCGGCGAUUCCACUGUUGUCCCCAAGCGCCUCCUGAUGCCUAGUGUGGAGGAUCCUACGAUCUGGGCUGUUAGGUGCAAGGAGGGCAAGGAGCGAGAAGUUGUCUACUCUAUCAUGAAGCGUAUCGAUGAGCGGAUGGGCACCAAGGAUGAGUUGGCUAUCAUUUCGGCUUUCGAACGUGGCGGCCCAACAUCCGUCAUGAAAGGCUACAUCUACGUCGAGGCCAAUCGUUCAACGGAUAUUAUGGUUGCGCUAGACGGCAUGUUCAACGUCUACCCUCGGUCAAAGAUGAUUCUCGUCGACAUCAAGGACAUGCCCGACUUGCUCCGUGUGACCAAGACGCCCACUCUCGAGCCCGGUGCCUGGGUCCGGCUUCGCAAGCCAGCCAAGCACGCCGGCGACCUGGCGCAAGUCAUUGACGUUACCGAAAAUGGUCUUGAAGCCCGAGUCCGCUUCAUCCCGCGUCUUGACUACGGCAUGAGAGAUGAUGCCCUUGCUGCCCUGACCUCUGAUGGCAAACGGAAGCGCCCCGUUGGCGUGCCUGGACCAAGACCGCCACAGCGUUUGUUUAAUGAGACGGAGGCCCGAAAACGUCACCCCAGGCAUAUUCAAGGAAACCCGACGACCAAGGUUUGGACAUACAUGGGUGAUGAGUUUGAGAACGGCUUCCAGGUGAAGGAUAUCAAGAUCCAGCAGCUAGUUGUCACGGACGUCAAUCCCACUUUAGAGGAAGUCACUAGGUUCGCUUCCGGCGCUGAGGAUGGUACCGAAAAUCUCGAUCUCAAGGCCCUUGCUGCCAGCCUCAAGGACAGCAACAUCAACGUCACUUACCUUCCCGGCGAUGUCAUCGAAGUCUACGAUGGUGAGCAAAAGGGCGUCGUUGGAAAAGCAACAAACGUCCAGGGCGACAUCGUCACGAUGCAGGUUACGGAGGGAGACCUCGUAGGUCAGGUCAUUGAGGUCCCUACCAAGGGCUUGAGAAAGAGAUUUAAGAUCGGAGAUCACGUCAAGGUUACCAGCGGCAGUCGAUUCCGCGACGAAGUUGGUAUGGUUGUCAAGAUUUCCGAAGACCGAGUAACCUUCUUGACCGACCAAACCAACACGGAGGUCACGGUCUUCAGCAAAGAUCUGCGUGAAGCCAGCGAUAUUGGCGGCCAGGGUGCGUUGGGUCAGUAUGAGCUCUUUGACCUCGUUCAGCUGGACCCGACCACUGUGGGCUGCAUCGUUAAGGUCGAUCGCGAGUCAGUGGUUGUACUUGAUCAAAACGGAGACACCAGACAGGUCAUGCCAUCCCAAAUUGCCAACAAACUCCCGAAGAGAAAGGUUGCUGUGGCUGCCGAUAGAAACGGCUCCGAGAUCCGACUCGAUGAUGUUGUCAGGGAGUAUGGCGCCCAACAACGCCAGGGCAAAAUCAUUCACAUCCACCGCGCAUACGUAUUCUUGCACAGCAACAACAAUAACGAGAAUGCCGGUGUGUUCGUUACCAAGGCUAGCAAUGUCACAACCAUUGCUGCGAAGGGUGGACGCGUGCUUUCAGCGGGUCCCAACUUGGAUCAAAUGAACCCGGCAAUGAAGCGCAACCCUGGCGGCGCAGAGAGCAAGAUGGCACCUCCCAAGACCUUCGGCCGUGAUCGUUCUAUCAACCAAACUGUCAUCAUUCGGAAGGGUGGCUACAAGGGUCUUUUGGGUAUCGUCAAAGAUGCCACGGAAACUCACGCCCGUGUUGAGCUGCACACCAAGAGCAAGACCAUCACGGUGCCCAAGGACCAUCUUAGCUUCAAGGACAAGAAUACCGGUGCCAAGAUCGACAUCAAUGGACGGGGUCCAAGGCCGGGUCAAGGCGGCGCCCCUGGAGGUGGGCGUGGUGGAGACUGGCAAGGAGGACGUACACCAGUCGCCUCUAGCGGCGCGGAGAGGACGCCCGCGUGGGGUUCACGAAGUGAGUCAAUGCCCAACAUGCGAUAUCAUGAUUACUUUGCUAAUAUGAAUCAAGCUCCUGCACCGACUGGCGGCAGAACUCCCGCUUGGAAGUCUAGCAGCCAGGACUACGGAUCCGGCUCUCGCACUCCCGCCUGGGCUGACGGCUCAAGGACUGCUUAUGGCGAUGGUAACAGAACCGCGUAUGGCGGGGGUUCAAGGACUCCGGCAUGGCAAUCGGGCGCAAAGACACCUGCACACGACGCUUUUGGAUUGGGAUCGAAGACGCCAGCAUACGGCGGGAGCGAUGCCUGGGGCUCAGGUUCGAAGACGCCUGCCUAUGGAGGCUCUGCACCCACUCCCGGCGCCAGCGGUAGUGAUUCAUGGGGAUACACCCCAGGCAACUCUGGCUACGACGCGCCGACGCCGGGUGGAAAUCUCCUGGGUGCACCCACACCCGGUGCUCUUAAUGCUCCCACACCGGGUGCCUACUCGGCACCCACCCCAGCGGCCGCGAGUGCUCCGACUCCUGGUGGAGGAUGGCAAGGUGGCUGGGCUGCUGAUUCGGCCCCUACACCAGCGGCCGGCGCUCCCACUCCGGCGGCCAGUGGUUUCGCCUCCUCAUCUGGCUAUUACGGCGCCCCUACCCCUGCUGCGUAUGGUGCGCCCGAGACACCGGCGGCCAGCGGGCCUAGAUACACCGACGAUGACUGA